UUCAUUCAGUGUCUAAAAAGAGGUUAUCAGUGUUACACAAGUGUCUUUGUGUAUAGACCUGAAGCCCGCAGUAUACGUGAGUGGUGUGCGCUAUCGCCUCGGAUCUGCAGUGAAAUCCGUCUCUGCGCAGCAGUAGGACCCGGAGGAAAACGCCGGUCCGCUGCAGGAGAAGGUGCGCUGAACGAUUUGUAUGCCUUACUGUGCGCUGUCCGCAUUAUUGUGCAGAUAACGGUUCAGGAUUCCCAUCUGCAAGGGGAUUAGAGCAUUUUCUUGUUAUACUACGGACUCACUCAUCUAAACGUGGACUCUCUCCAUUAUUUGCUGAAACACCUGCGCGAAGCUAAGCAAUCCCCCACCUAUCCUAUUACAAUUAAGGUUAAUAUUUGCCAUUGAAGUGCGCAGGUAUUGCUACAAGCAGGCGGGACAGUUUGGAGGCACUCAUCAAGCAUGGAUAGGAGACGCAAUUGAGUCAAGUGGGACUGAACAACAAUCAAACUAGCAAUAAAGAGGAAAUAAGUGGCCUGCAGUGGAUCUCGACUGAAGAGCAGAGGGAUGCUGGGACUCUGAGCAUCAUGUGGGUCACUCGGUCGCCUGUCACUCUUCUCGUCGCCAUGGCCCUGUUGCCACUGGCCUGCUCAGAGACACAGGAAGCAGUCAUGUCUGCAGAUGCUGAAACACAGGGUGGGGAGAGUGAGGUAGCCACACCCGCAGCCCCGGUGGAGCAGGAGGAGGACAACUCGCCAGGAUACACAGGCUCGCGACUGCGCCAGGAGGACUCUCCUCCCCGGAUCGUGGAGCACCCGUCCGACCUGAUCGUGUCCAAGGGCGAGCCGGCCACGCUCAACUGCAAGGCGGAGGGCCGCCCGGCCGCGGUCGAGUGGUACAAGGGCGGCGUGGAGACGGACCGCGACAACCCGCGCUCCCACCGCAUGCUGCUGCCCAGCGGCUCGCUCUUCUUCCUGCGCAUCGUCCACGGCCGCCGCAGCAAGCCCGACGAUGGCAGCUACGUGUGCGUGGCGCGGAACUACCUCGGCGAGGCCGUGAGUCACAACGCGUCGCUGGAAGUAGCCAUUCUGCGAGACGACUUCAGGCAGAACCCAGCAGACGCGGUGGUGGCGGCGGGAGAGCCGGUGCUGUUCGAGUGCCAGCCUCCACGCGGACAUCCAGAGCCCACCAUCUCCUGGAAGAAAGAUGGCGUCAACAUAGACGACAGGGAUGACCGCAUCACGAUUCGAGGAGGCAAGCUGAUGAUCACUAACGCGAGGAAGAGUGACGCAGGGAAGUAUGUGUGCGUGGGAACCAACAUGGUGGGGGAGAGAGACAGCGAGGUGGCUGAACUCACAGUGCUGGAGCGUCCAAGCUUCGUGAAGCGGCCGGUCAGUCAGGUUUCCCUGGCAGACGAGAGCGUGAACUUCCAAUGUGAGGCUCGAGGGGAUCCUGUUCCUAUCGUACGCUGGAGGAAGGAGGAUGGAGAUUUGCCCAAGGGAAGGUUUGAGAUCUUGGAGGACAACACAUUGAGCUUGCGGCGUGUCACACCGGCUGAUGUUGGCUCAUACACCUGCCUAGCGGAGAACAUGGUUGGCAAGGCUGAAGCCUCUGUGUCACUCACCGUUCACGUGCCCCCGGCGUUUGCGGUGAGGCCGCGGAACCAGGUGGUGUCCGUGGGUAGAACCGUCACGUUCCAGUGUGAGGCGUCGGGAAACCCUCAGCCAGCUAUCUUCUGGCAGAGAGAGGGCAGCCUGAACCUGCUCUUUUCCUACCAACCUCCACAGCCUACUAGCCGGCUGUCGGUCUCCCAGACAGGGGACUUGACCAUCACAGACGCACAGCGCUCGGACGCAGGCUACUACAGCUGCCAGGCCCUCAACAUCGCUGGCUCAGUCAUCACCAAAGCCCUGCUGGAGGUCACUGAUGUGGUUUCGGAUCGCCCUCCGCCUGUCAUUCAACAGGGCCCGUCCAAUCAGACGGUGUCCGUGGACGGGACGGUGGUUUUGAGUUGCCAGGCGACAGGCACGCCGUCGCCGACGGUGAUGUGGAAGAAGGACGGGACUCUGGUCACCACCCACGACUCGCGCGUCUCGCAGACGGACGAGGGCGAGCUGCAGAUCCGAUACGCCAAGCUGGGAGACACAGGCAUGUACACCUGCAUUGCAUCCAGCCCCAGCGGAGAGGCUUCCUGGAAGGCAUACCUGGAAGUGGAAGAGUUUGGAGUGGCUGUCCAGCCGGGCAGACCAACGGACCCCAACCUGAUCCCCAGAGCUCCGUCCAAACCGGACGUAACCGAUGUCAGCCGCACCUCAGCCACGCUCACAUGGAAGGCCAGCAGUGUCGGAGCCACCCCCACCUCCUACAUCAUAGAGGCUUUCAGCCAUGCGUCUGGCAGUAGCUGGGUGACUCUAGCUGACCAUGUGAAGGCCGAGAGCUUCGUGCUGAAGGGUCUGAAGCCUGCUGCCGUCUACCUGUUCCUGGUGCGGGCGGUCAACGCCUACGGCCUGAGUGACCCAAGCCCCAUCAGCGACGCCAUCCGCACCCAGGACACGCCGCCCACCAUUCAGGGCGUGGACCACCGUCAAAUCCAGAGGGAGCUGGGAGACGUGGUCAUCCACCUCCACAACCCCGUCAUCCUCUCCUCCUCCUCCGUCAGGGUGCAGUGGACCGUGGAGCAACAGUCCCAGUACAUCCAGGGCUAUAAGGUGAUGUACCGGCCCACGUCCGAGGCGGGGCAGGCCCGGGGUCAAUGGGUCGUCUUCGAGGUGCGAACACCUGGAGAGGAUGGCGCCGUGGUUCCCCAGCUGAAGAAGGGCGUGACCUAUGAGUUCAAAGUGCGGCCGUACUUUGACGAGUUCCAGGGCGCCGACAGCGAAGUGAAGGUGGCCCGGACCAUGGAGGAAGCUCCCAGCGGGGCACCACGUGGUGUAACCGUGACAAAGAGCGACACCAAUGGGACCGCCAUCCUGGUCACCUGGCAACCGCCUCCCAAGGAGGAACAGAACGGCAUGGUCCAGGAGUACAAGAUUUGGUGUCUGGGCAACGAAAGUCGUUACCAUGUCAACCGCACAGUGGAUGGCUCCACCUUCUCCGUCAUCAUCCCCAACCUUUCGCCGGGCAUCCGCUACAGCGUGGAGGUCGCUGCCAGCAAUGGGGCCGGCCCAGGGGUCAAGAGUGACGUCACCCUUUUUGAAAUAGACCACUCGGGUAUGCCGACGGUGGUGGAGAGUGGUGUGGAGAGGGACACGCUGUCUCACAUCUCAGACGUGGUCAAGCAGCCAGCCUUCAUCGCCGGCAUCGGCGCCACUUGCUGGCUGGUGCUGAUGGUGUUCAGCGUCUGGCUCUACCGCCACCGCAAGAAGAGGAGCGGCCUUAGCAGCAGCUACGCCGGCAUUCGCAAAGUGCCAUCCUUCACCUUCACACCGACAGUGGCCUAUCAAAGGGGUGGAGAAGCAGUCUGCAGUUCUGGAAGACCGGGCCUUCUGAACAUGGGCGACACGGCCAAUCAGCCCUGGCUGGCCGACUCGUGGCCCAACGCCUGUGGCAACCACAAGGAGCGCAGCAUGAACUGCUGUAACGGAGGCAACGGCACCAGCGACAGCAACCUCACCACGUACAGCCGCCCCGCCGACUGCAUCGCCAACUACAACAGCCAGCUGGACAACAAGCAGGGCUGCCUGCUGGGCUCGGACUCGGCCGUCUACUCGGACGUGGACCUGUCCAACAAACUCAACGAGAUGAAGACCUUCAACAGCCCCAGCCUGUGCUACAUGGGCCCCGCUGGGAGCCCGCCGACCCCCUACGAGCCCACGCCGUACGCCACCACCCAGCUCAUCCAGUCCAGCAUCAUGAGCAAGGCCGCGGGGGGCUGCGGCCCAGGAAUGGGGGCGGGGGCGGGGGCGGGACUGCCGGACCUGACGGACAAGCGCGGCUGGAAGCCGCCGCCUAUGCAGCAGCAGCCGCCCGUGCCGCAGGAAAUGACAUCGCAGCUGCAGUACAACAUCAUGGAGCAGAACAGGCUGAAUAAGGAUAGCUACCGAGGGGGCGAGGCCAACCUGCCCGCCACCAUCCCCUACAACCAUGAACUCAGCUCUGGAGGCUCUUACCACAGCUCGGACCGGGCCAGCAACAGCACCUCCGGGAGCCAGAACCACAAGAAGGGAUCACGCACUCCGAAGCUGCCCAAGCAGAGCUCAGUGACCUGGGGAGAGCCACUGCCUCCUCCCCCUGCCAACCCUCCUCCCAGCCACAGCUCAGAGGACUACUUAAUGCACACAGACAAGAGCUUUGAGCCGGACACCUCCUGUCCCAUGCUCCCCUCGCGCAUGUACCUGCACUCGGGAGGCAUGCAGGAGGAAGAGGAGGAGGAGGAAGAGGGCAUGGAGAGAUGCCCCACUCCGCCUGUGCGCGGAGCCGCCUCCUCUCCCGCCGGAGUGUCCUACAGCCACCAGUCCACGGCCACCUCACUCCUCCCCUCCAGGCUGGGAGCACUCGCUGUGAGCCUGCACAAUCGGCCCGCGAUGACGCGGGUGCGUCACGUAGCCAGUCCCCCACCCCCGCCCCGACCUCUCUCCCCCCCACACACUUAUGGAUACAUCUCCAGUCCCUUGGCGCUGGACACUGAUGGGCUGGACGAGGAAGAGGAGGAGCUCAACGAGGAUGAAGAUGAGGCAGAUUCAAGGGCCCAGAGUGGUUAUGCCCAGCCACACCACCACCACCAGCAGCAGCAGCACCACCACAACCAACACCACCCCCAGCGACGGCUGCACCUGCGUGGGCUGGACCAGCAGCAGACGCCCGCCUCCAGCACGGGGGACCUGGAGAGCUCGGUGACGGGCUCCAUGAUCAACGGCUGGGGCUCGGCCUCGGAGGAGGACAACGCCUCGUCGGGCCGCUCCAGCGCCGUCAGCUCCUCCGAUGGCUCCUUCUUCACCGACGCCGACUUCGCCCACGCCGUGGCCACCGCCGCCGAGUACACCGGCCUCAAGGUGGCGCGGUAUCCCGAGGAGGGCGCAGGACCCGGGGGGCAGCGGUACCAUGUGGGCCACCGGCCCAGCAGCCCAGUGUCUACGGACAGUAACGUGAGCACAGCUGUCAUGCAGAAGCGCCCUCCUAGGAAGCACAAACACCACCAGCAGCAGCAGCAGCAACAGCAGCAACACUCACAGCACCAGGGCCAGCAGAGAGAUGGCUUCACUGAUGACACUGCUCUAUCUCUUGGCCCUGCAGCGGGGGUCAAGUCCCCCACACACAACUCGCGGGGUGGCUACGAGGUGAGGGGCGCCACGCUGCCCAAAAUGGGCUGUGGAGACGGGCGCGAGAGGAGGGGCAGCGCUGGGGGCUACCGCACCAGAGAGGGCUCGGUGGAGAGGCGCGAUGGCCACGACCGACACCAGAACCACAAGGCCAGCAAAGUCCGCCAGCACCCAGCGGUAGCAGAGGACAUCCCCCCCUACAGUCGGCCCAGCUUCCCCUCGGUGCAGGGCCAGAGGGAAGGGGCACCCAGCUCCUCCAGCUCCAUGUCGUCCCGUAGCUCUGGGGGCCGCAGGAGAGGCACCGAGGGGGGUCCAGGGUCGCGCAGGAACCCUGCAGACACAGCGCUGCCCAGCAUGGGGGCUUUCCAGCAUGAGGAAGAGGAGCUAGAGCUUUUGGAAAGCUGAGGGACCACAACACAUACAGUGUAGACCAGAGGAAGUACUUCCAGGUCACCGCUGGAAAGAAUGACCCUGUUCUCCCCCUCUGGACUUGAAUGCCAACCACUGAAAGUCCGGUCAACAUCAUGUACAUGACAUUUUACAAAAGAAAACUGAAAACUGACCCAUGAUUAAUGUGUCAUUUUCUUCAUUAUUUUAUUUUUAUUUUUUAUUUUCUUUAUUUAUAAUGUGUUAACAAGUAACUGAAUGUACUUUUCCUGUCCAAAUGGAGGACCUCCUCUUAUAAAGGUACCAUCUACAUUUUUGGAAAUGUUCAGUUGCUGAUUUAGUUGCUUGCAAUGGCAGUCAUUCAGUGAAGCCCUCCAAAGUACUGAUGUUCAUGUGUAUUAAAGAUGUUUUGGGAGUUGCAGACCAUUGUUAUAUACAGAAGAAUGUUUUUCAGUCCCACUCGGUGGUAUAGUACUUCAAAUUGAUCUUCCUUUUUUGCUUUCUCAACCAUUUAUUUGACUGUAUAAAAUAUUUGGUCAAAAGUAUAAUUGUUGUAAAUUGGUCAGUUCACUAUUAAGAAGUGCAGCCAUUUGGAUUUCCCUUUUUCUAAUGCACUGUUUUGAAUUUAUUUUUAUCGAUGUUGUUAUUGUUGAUGUAUGUUCUUUUGUCUUACAUUGGUUUUAAAAGCACAAUCACUUAACUUUAUUUUAAGUCAUUUAUUGUUAACUAUGGAAUGUUCCACAGUUAUGGAGGAACAGACACAAGGAGUCUUGUCAAUAAUUGUGUUUGUAUGAUGAAAGAGUAUUGUCUUAUAUUAAUGUCUGGAUAUUACCAGAAUGGAACUGAGACUCCACUGUUUGGUUAGAGUUUCAUGAGAUUACGUGGAUAUUAGAUUACAUGUUACCUAGCGGAUCCAACUUUAAAGUAGAGGAAGGAAGAAGAAAGAAAGAAAGAAAAGAAAGAAAGAGAGAGAGAGAGAAAAGAAGAAAAACUAGUUUGCCAUGUCAUUACUUGCAGUUUCACAGUGCAGUAUCCAACAUGAAUCAGAUGUAGGAAUUAUGUAGAAAUGCACUUAAUGAUUGUGAUUAUGAAGAAAAGGGCAACGGGCAAUAUGUCUAGAAAAAGCAAGUGAGAGCUGAGGUGUGGCAUGGAGUCUCUUUUCCAUUUUGUUAUUGGGCACAGGAGGGGUGACGGUGUGUAUGUGUGUGUGUGUGGGGGGGGGGGUGUUUACAUGAAGUCCCCCUCCAAGAGAAGAGGUGCACUGGUUUAUCACUUCAUUCAACAGUCCUCAUAAACUAGUAGCAACUUAUGGGGACAUUUCUCUGCCUUUCCUAUUGGACUUUAUGGAUCUCUACGCAGAUGUCAUUGUGAGUCAUUCAGUUUGGUCUAUCUGUUGUUUCCACGUGAAAGCUACCUAGUUGGGAACAGCACGGACAGAAGAGAAGAGGGUGGUGAAAGAUGGAAAGGUGGGAUUCUUUCUCUUUGAUGUGACUUUUUUCACUCACGGCUCCACCUGCUCUUGUGACUGUAGCACGGGGGCUGCUCACUGGCAGUGCUGGAGUUGGCUGACCUUCUCAAGGUCAAGGCUUUUGCAGUAAAAUAAAAAAAAAAGAAAUACUACAGCUUUUUUUGGAGUGAGUGAAUGAAAGGAAACGUGUGAAGUGUUGUUCCCUAGCGGAAAUAUGUGCUGUCCAUCUUUGUUCGGAGUUUACCAUGUUUGAAAAGAAAGAAAGAAAAAAAAAGACCCAACCGCUUUAAUGUCAGUCAUAACUUUUCAUUACUGGGAAUCUUGUAUUUCAAAAAAUGAAACAAAACAAAAAAAUGUCAUUUUUCCAUAUUAUUUAUUAUUAAAAGAACUUCAAAUGCAA